UUCUGUGAAACUUUCCUCUGACAAUAAACGCCGCACGGAGCUGCGCGAAAUCCCAAAUACUCGCGAUUGGACUGGAGAUGGAGCGACUCGGGCUCGCGCUCCUGACCGCGUUGCUAUGGCGAUGCUGCCAUGCCCAGCAGAGAGGACUGUUCCCGGCGGUGCUGAACCUGGCGUCCAUGGCGGACAUAUCGGCCAACGCUACCUGUGGUACACUGGGCCCAGAGAUGUUCUGUAAGCUGGUGGAACAUGUGCCAGGCCAGCCAAUUAGAAACCCUCAGUGUCGGAUCUGCAACCAGAGGAGUUCGAAUCCAUUUGAACAACAUCCUAUAGAAUAUGCCACAGAUGGGACAAACCGUUGGUGGCAAAGUCCCUCCAUCAAGAAUGGGAUGGAGUACCACUACGUGACCAUCACUCUGGACUUAAAACAGGUUUUCCAGAUUGCUUACAUAAUCCUAAAGGCAGCCAACUCACCUCGGCCAGGUAAUUGGGUCUUAGAGCGUUCGAUAGAUGGUGUGACCUUUGAACCCUGGCAGUACUACGCCAUCACAGACACAGAGUGCCUGACGAGGUUCAGCAUUAAUCCACGGACCGGACCUCCAUCCUACACCAGAGACGAUGAAGUCAUCUGCACAUCUUUCUAUUCAAAGAUUCACCCGCUGGAGAACGGAGAGAUCCACACGUCUUUGAUCAAUGGCCGGCCCAGUGCAGCCGACCCAUCCCCGACCCUGCUGAACUUCACCUCCGCCCGCUACAUCAGGCUGGUGUUUCAGCGGAUCAGAACACUGAACGCCGACCUCAUGACUCUGACGCUUCAUGACCCGAGAGAUAGCGAUCCCAUCGUGACGAGGCGGUACUACUACUCCAUUAAGGACAUCUCAGUGGGGGGGAUGUGUAUCUGUUACGGCCACGCCAAAGCCUGUCCUCUCAACACCGCUACAAAGAAGUUCAGCUGUGAAUGUGAACACAACACAUGUGGGGAGAGCUGUGAUCGUUGUUGCCCUGGUUACAACCAGCAGCCCUGGAUGGCAGGAACCUUCCUCACUCGACAUGUGUGCGAAAAGUGUAACUGCCACGACAAGGCGGACGAGUGCUACUUCAAUCAGACUGUAGCAGAUCUGUCACUCAGCCUGAACAUCCAAGGUCAAAACAGUGGAGGCGGAGUCUGUAUUGGUUGCAGAGACAACACAACUGGAAUCAACUGUGAGACGUGCGUUGAUGGAUUCUACAGACCUGCCGGGGUGAACGCUGAGGAUGAGGACCCCUGCAUCCCCUGCUCAUGUGACCCGCUUGGUUCGAUCAGCCAAUCGUGUCUCCCUGUUUCGAGCAAGGCGACGCCCAUUCAGCCAGCAGGGUCGUGCCCGUGUAAGGAGGGUUUUGGGGGUCUGCAAUGUGACAGGUGUGCCGUUGGUUACACGGGAUUCCCGUUCUGCCAGCGCUGCAACUGCAGUAUGGAAGGAAGCACCAACAAUGACCCAUGUGUAACACCCUGCAUGUGCAAGGAGAACGUGGAGGGAGACAACUGUGACCGCUGUAAACCGGGAUUCUAUAACCUCCAAGGUGACAAUCUACGUGGCUGCGAAAAGUGCUCGUGUAUGGGCGUUUCCAGCCGGUGCUCGGCUUCUUCAUGGACCUAUCAAGACGAGACCACUCUGACAGGAUGGCACCUGCUUGGAGAAACGGGAGGAAGAGUGUGGUCCGUUCACAGACAGACUCCUCCGUAUCUCAGCGUCCGACACUCGGAUGUUGUGGAUGAUCUUGGCUCCGCCUACUACUGGAACGCACCUGGUCUAUACCUGGGAAACAAGCUUUCAGCUUAUGGAGGGACUUUGGUCUACACUGUGUCUUAUGCGACAGACCAACAAGAACAAACGGCCAUAAGAGUGACCUCACAACCUGACCUAGUCAUUGAGGGAGGCGGGAUCAAGAUUAUUGACAGGCGGUUCGGCCAGCCGGUGUACCCGUCCUCGCCGAGGACUAAUCGCAUUGACCUCCUUCCAGAGAACUUCCUGGUUUCAGAAAGCGUUCAGCCGAUCUCUCGCAGGGAUUUCCUGUCUGUGUUGGCCAAUGUGACCAGCGUGAUGGUGCGGGCCUCUUACAGCACAGAGCCCAGCGCUGCAUACAGACUCCACGCAUUCUCGAUGCAGGUAGCUAAUCCCUCCGCCGGAGGAGAGAGGAGAGCAUCAGCCGUAGAGAGCUGCUCUUGUCCUCCUGGAUAUGCUGGAACGUCCUGUGAGGCGUGUAUUCCCGGAUUUCGGAGGAUUAACGGGAAUCUGUACAACGGUGUGUGUGAAGCUUGCUAUUGCCAUGGACACACUUCUCAAUGCCACGAGCUCACUGGACACUGCCUGGACUGCGCCCACCACACCACCGGCCCUCACUGUGACUCCUGCCUGCCUGGUUAUUACGGCAACGCCAGCCGGGGGUCACCUGCGGACUGCCAGCCCUGCGCCUGCCCACUCCAUCUUCCAAGUAACAACUUCAGCCCCACCUGCCACGUAGGUGUGGAAGGAGAGUUGUUGUGCGACCAGUGCCAGCCUGGAUACACAGGACCACGAUGUGACAGAUGUUCCAACGGAUACUACGGCCAGCCCAAUGUGCCAGGGGGAUCCUGCCGGCCCUGUGAUUGCCAUGGCAACCUGGACCUGUCCAAACCUGGCAGCUGCGAUCCAAUCACGGGCCAGUGUCUGCGCUGUCGUCAAGGUUACGGCAGCGCAUCUUGCGACAGUUGCGCUGACGGCUACUACGGAGAUGCCAUCGUAGCGAAAAACUGCCAGCCUUGUCAGUGCCACACUAAUGGCUCAGAGUCGGAGGUUUGCGAUAAGGAGACCGGACGAUGCCAGUGCAUGAAAGAUGUGACUGGACGUCAGUGCGACGAGUGCAUACCGAAGACCCACGGCCUUAGCACAGGUGGAAGGUGUCUCCCGUGUAACUGUAACUCGUUUGGUUCCAAGUCAUUUGACUGUGACGAAACCGGUCAGUGCCGGUGUCAGCCGGGUGUCGCCGGACCCAAAUGCGACCGCUGUUCACGGGGAUUCUUCAACUUCCAGGAGGGCGGCUGCACGCCCUGUAACUGCAGUCACGUGGGGAAUAAUUGCGACACGAACACAGGACAGUGUAUCUGUCCUCCAAAUACUAUUGGUGGGAGGUGCGACUACUGUUCUCCCAACCACUGGGGCCAUGACAUCAUAACAGGAUGCAAGGCGUGUGGUUGCAGCGUGAUCGGCUCAGUGACCCAGCAGUGCAACGUCAACACGGGCUGCUGCAUGUGUCACAACUCCUUCAGAGGAGAGAAAUGCAACGAAUGUCAAAUUGGAUACAGAGACUUUCCUCAGUGCACCCAGUGCGAGUGUAACGUCUCCGGCUCGGACAGCCAGACCUGCGACCCGGAGAGAGCGGUGUGCGCCUGUGCGGAUCGAACUGGAAAGUGCAACUGCAAGGCAAAUGUCGAAGGAGACAACUGUGACCGCUGUAAGCCAGAUACAUUUGGGUUGUCUGUACGAAACCCGCUCGGCUGCAGCAACUGUUACUGUUACGGACUGACGCGCUCGUGCACAGAGGCCCAAGGGCUCAUCAGGAUGUGGCUGGCGCUGAAGCCGGAGCAGACGGUGCUGCCCCUGGUGGAUAAAUCCAACACUGUGGAGACGAGGAGAGGAGUGAGCUUCCAGCAUCCUGAGAUCCUCGCUCGCACGGAGCUCGUCACCCCUACGCUCGCCGAACCCUACUACUGGAAACUGCCGGAGCAGUUCACAGGCUCCAUGAUUACAGCAUAUGGUGGGAAGCUGAAGUACGCAGUGUACUACGAGGCCAGAGAUGAAACCGGCCCCUCCUCCUAUGACCCUCAGGUCAUCAUCAACGGGGGUCCCAACCGCAACAUACUGAUGACCCGCCAUGCACCGGGACUACAGAUCGGUCAGCUCACUCGCCACGAGAUCGACAUGACAGAGCAUGAGUGGAAGUACGCAGAUGGCAGGUCCAUGACUCGAGAGGACUUCAUGGAUAUUUUGUUCUAUGUGGACUACAUCCUAAUUAAGGCAUCACACGGCAACUUGAUGAGACACAGCCGUAUUUCGGAGAUCAGUCUAACUGUGGCCGAGGAAGGUACACCAAACAAAGACAGCGAGAAAGCCCAUCAGAUAGAGAAGUGCGAUUGUCCAAUCGGAUACUCCGGCUUCUCUUGCGAGGAGUGCGCUGCAGGUUUCUACCGUCUUCGCGCCGGUUCCCCGACAUCUGCUUCGGCGUCCAGACUGCCAACCGCUGCCGGCAUGGGCAGCUGCGUUCAGUGCCAAUGCAGUGGGCACUCUUCCACCUGUGACCCUGAGACAUCCAUAUGCCAGAACUGUCAAGGCAACACCGAGGGGGAUCGGUGUGAACGCUGCUCGGCGGGAUUCUACGGUGUGGUCCGAGGUUUCCACGAUGACUGUAAACCGUGCGCGUGUCCCCUCACCAACCCAGAGAACAAUUUCAGUCCAACGUGUGUAACGGAGGGUUAUGAUGACUACCAAUGUACAGCCUGUCCUGAGGGAUAUGAGGGCAAAUACUGUGAGAGGUGUGCUACCGGUUACCAUGGUAACCCGCGGAUGCCGGGCGGCCACUGCGAGGAGUGUAAGUGUUCCUCAUGGGGGGCGCUGCCUGGACCAUGUGACCCUGUCACAGGCCAAUGCCGUUGCACGGUCGGGGCAUCGGGGACAUCGUGUGACCAGUGCAUGGAAAGGCAUGUGUGUGGACCAGCUGGGAUCAUCUCCUGUGAUGAUGAGUGCUCGGGUCUGUUGAUCAGUGACAUGGACCGCCUGCAUCGCAUCAUCGCUGAUGUCACCCUGACAACACCGCUCCCGCCCCCGUACAAAGUGCUGUACCGCUUCGAGAACAUGACGGAGGAACUCAAGCACAUGCUGUCGCCUCCGAAAGCUCUGGAGAGAUUACUGCAACUGGCCGACUCCAACCUUGGAUCGCUGGUCGUUGAGAUGGACCAACUGCACAGCAGGUCCACCAAGGUGUCUGCUGACGGAGAGCAGGUUGAGGAUGACGCUGACAGGAUUCAUAAACGAGCUGAGGACCUGGAGCACUUCAUCAGGGACACACUGCUCGGAGCUGAAGACCUCGAGUUGAAGGCUGCGGACUUGAACCGGACUCUGUCGAGGAGAGACGGAACUCCCGAGAAAAGCCUGAAGGAGAUGAAGGAGGAGAUCCAGGCCAUGCUGGCCGAGAUGAGAGAACGACAGCUGGGAGGCAAGAAGAGCAUUGCCGAGGAGGAGAUGGGACUAGCAGAGCAGUUGUAUCAGAAAGUGAAGAGAUUAUUUGGUGACCCCCAUCAGACCACAGAAGACCUAAAAGCAGAGAUAAAGGAGAAGCUCUCAGACCACGAGGGGAAGCUGAAGGAGGCCCAGGACCUACUGCACUCUGCCCAGGGCAAAACCAGACAGGCGGGCAAACUGGCUGAACAGAACCAAGCGAACCUCACGGCUCUGGAGAGAAAGCGCUCUGCAGUAAACGGACUGAGACAGGAAGCACAAAAGAUCCUUGGAGAAGGAGAACGUCUUCUGGAUGAAGCAAACCAACUUUCUGGCGACAUCAACGAGGAGAAAGAGGACUUGGAGAAGAUGGCUAAAGAGCUGAAUCCUCUUCAUGACCAGCUGCAGGAUAGAGUCAGUCACCUCUCCGGGGGUUUAGGAGAUGGCGGCCUGGCCAGUCGCGUCCACGACGCCGAGCGACACGCCGAGCAGCUGAACGAAUCUGCUGCCAUUUUGGAUGGUAUUUUAGCUGAAGCUAAAAACCUCUCGUUCAAUGCGACAGCAGCCUUCAAGGCCUACAGCAACAUUAAAGCCAAUGUGGAUGCGGCAGAGAAGGAGGCGAAGGCAGCCAAGCAGAGGGCAAGCGAGGCCCUCGCACUGGUUUCCGAUCCAGAGGUAAAGGAAGCAGCUCGAGGUGCCCUUCAGAAGAGCCACAGAUUGCUAAACCAAGCUAAACAACUUCAGAAUGAUGUCAAAGAGAAUACCGACAGUGUGGCGGGGCUGAAGGGCAGAGUUAAAGCAGCGAGAGACAAAGCCAAAGACCUGCUGAAAGCUGUCAACGGAACCAUGGCAACGCUCAACGCCAUCCCCGAUGACACAUCAGCUAAACUAGCAGCCACAAAGGCUGUUGCAGCAGAUGCUAACGCCACAGCGAUCGACGUCCUGGACCGCCUCGGGGAUUUGAACCUGCAACUCCGUGGCCUACAGAGCAACUACACCGAGCUGGAGGACAAUGUCAAAGCAGCCAAUCAGAUGAUCCGAGAUCCAGAGAAAAAUACCAUCAUCCACGCUGCAGGAGCAAAAGUGAAGGUUUUAGAGGAUGAAGCUGACAGGCUCUUGGAGAAGCUGGAGCCAAUCAAAAAACUGCAGGACAAUUUAAGGCGAAACAUUUCACAAAUCAAGGAACUGAUCAACCAGGCCAGGAAACAAGCUAAUUCAAUCAAAGUUUCGGUGUCAUCAGGGGGAGACUGUCUCCGUAGUUACCGCCCCGACAUCAGGAAAGGGAGGUACAACACCAUCAUCCUUAACGUCAAAACCACCACACCUGAUAACCUGCUCUUCUACUUGGGAUCAGUCCAAUAUGUUGAUUUCCUUGCCUUGGAGAUGCGUCAAGGAAAGGUGAAUUUCCUCUGGGACGUGGGCUCAGGAGUGGGCAGGGUGGAAUAUCCUCAUCACACCCUGCAUGAUGGGAACUGGCACAGAAUAGAGGCCUCUCGAAAUGGGUUGAAUGGCACCAUAUCAGUGUAUCCGCUGGAAGGCCCCAUGGCCGGUAUGAUGCCGACCCCGGCCAGUGCCAACUCGCCCACGGCCUUCACCAUCUUGGACGUGGACCAGAAAGCCUACCUGUUUGUAGGAGGAACAAAUGGCGCCGCCAAGAUAGCAGAUGUCGUACGAACCACAACGUUCAGCGGCUGCAUGGGGGAGACCUUCUUGGAUGGUAAACCAAUUGGACUCUGGAACUACAGGGAAAGAGAGGGAGACUGUAAAGGAUGUGUUGUCAGCCCGCAGCGUUCUGACGGCGAGGGCACAGUGCAGCUAGACGGGGAGGGCUACGCCGCCGUGGGACGACCCACCAGGUGGAACCCCAAUGUUUCCUCCGUGACCUUUAAGUUCCGCACGUUCUCCUCUGAGUCUCUGCUCAUGUAUUUGGCGACUGAAGAUAUGAAGGACUUCAUGUCCCUGGAGCUGUCACAGGGCAAGGUGAAGGUGAACUUUGACCUUGGCUCAGGGGUUGGCAGUGCCACGUCAGCUAACCGCCACAAUGAUGGGCUCUGGAAAUCCCUCACCAUGUCAAGAAACAAGAAACAAGCCACGGUGACCGUAGUGGACAUUGACAGUGGUGUUGAGGAGAAGAUCGUGUCCUCGUCACAGGGAUCAGCCACUGGUCUCAACCUCAAAGAAAACCAGAAGCUGUAUUUUGGUGGGCUGCCUACCGUUGGAAACUACAGGUCAGAGGUCACUUUGAAGCGCUAUGCUGGCUGUCUACGGGAGAUUGAAAUCUCCAGGACUCCCUAUAGUCUCCUCCGCAGUUCAGAUUACACCGGGAUCACUAAAGGAUGUAACGUUGACAAGCUGUAUACGGUCAGUUUCUCUAAGCCGGGUUACAUGGAGCUGGCUGGUCUCUCGCUGGCGGUUGGCACAGAGAUCAGCCUGUCAUUCAGCACUCUGGUGGACACUGGGACCAUAAUGCUGGCCGUAGGCGGAGCUUCACCAAUCAGCCUGCAGGCCCGAAACACCAACGUCGUGAGUUCCAAGAGGCGACGCAGACAGUCAGGAGAGCCCUACCUCUCAGUCCUGCUGAACAAAGGCUCUCUGGAGGUCUUGCUGUUCACUGGCAGCCACAGUCCGCGUCGCGUCACCCGGCGACCAGAGCAAGGCGCGCUGAACGAUGGGAGAGAGCACUCGCUGCGCAUCGAGAGGCUGGCCGGCAGAUCCUUCGUGGUUCAGGUGGACGAGGAGACCAGGAGGGAGGCAGCGCUUCCCAACGACCAGCCAGUGAGCUUGCAGCGCCUCUUCCUCGGUGGUAUUCCCGCAAAGGUGGAGCAGACCUCCAACAGAGCCAACGUCCCAUUCCAGGGAUGCAUAUGGAACCUCAUGGUCAACGCUGUUCUCUCAGAUUUCUCCCUCCCCGUGUCCUUUGAGAAUGCCGAAAUCGGCCAGUGUCCCAGCCUCGCCCCUGAAGGGUUGAAGCCACCCGGUCCUCCGUUGACCCCGACCACGGUAACCCCAGCUCCAACUCCGGGUCCUCCUGCUGAGGCCACCCCACCUGCGCCACCCGCUACCACACCCACUGCUGCUCCCGCCCCGCCCACUGACAGACCCGAGCCCACUGCUGACGUGGAUUCGUGUGCAUCAGCCGCGGCCCCGACGGUGCUCGACAACGCCUAUCAAUUCGGACUGACCAGGAACAGCCACAUGAAGUUUGCUUUUGAUGACGCAAAAGUCAGAGAGUGGCUGAUAUUGGAGUUUGAGUUAAGGACAAAGGAGGAUUCUGGUCUCGUUCUCUACAUGGCGAGAAUCAACCAUGCAGACUUUGUCGCCAUACAGAUCAAGGAUGGACAAGUUUGUCUGGGCUAUGAUCUUGGGAGUGGGAACAUAUCUGGCUGCGUGCCCUUCUCCAUCAAUGAUGGCAACUGGCAUACGAUCCGUGUAAGCCGUAACAAGCAGAGAGGUUUACUCCUGGUUGAUGGGCGAUACAGUAAACAUAUGAACAGUCCAAAGAAGGCUGACCUGUUAGACGUUGUAGGAAUGCUGUAUGUUGGUGGAUUCCCAGAAAACUACACCAGCAAGAGGAUAGGACCGAUUCUUUACAGUAUCAAUGGAUGUAUCCGUGGCCUUAAGAUGGUUGGAGGUGCCGUAAGCACCAAGCUUGUAGCUCCAAGUCACUCCGGUGCAGGUGGUGAGGACUUUAACAUGAACAUGGCCGCGCCCACCUCCAGUCACAUGAUUGCCAGAUGCUUUGUUGCCACUGAGACCGGCACCUAUUUUGACGGCACUGGCUACCUGAAAGCAGUCUCCUCCUACAGAGUAGGUCUGGACGUGUCGAUAGCGUUCGAGUUCAGGACCAGCAGAACCAGCGGAGUGCUCCUAGCCAUUAGUAACCAAGGAAACGACGGGCUGGGACUGGAGAUCGUCGGGGGAAAGCUGCUCUUCCACGUGGACAACGGCGCUGGACGGAUCAGCGCGGAGCACGCGCCCGAGGGCGAGGGCUUCUGCGACGGCCAGUGGCACUCGGUCACCGCCGAGAAGCUCCGGCACAGGGCGCAGCUGGUGGUGGACGGGCGUCAGAGCCAAGCAGAGAGCUCUAACGCGCGCUCCAACACAUGCGACACCAACGACCCCAUCUAUGUCGGAGGGUAUCCGGAUGGGGUUCGCCAGGCAGCUCUCUCUACCAGGACGUCCUUCAAAGGCUGUUUGAGGAACCUGAGGAUCACCAAAGCUUCCAAGACCAUGGAGGUGCAGUUCAACAAGGCUCUAGAGAUUAAAGGGGUCCAGCCUCUUUCCUGUCCUGCAGUAGCUGCCUAACCGGUACCAUAGAGCUUCUCCUUGCUGUUUACCUAAAACAUUACGGUCCGGGUCCCUGAACUUGCACAGAGCACAAUGUUUGUAUCAACGAGUGACACCUUAUUUUGUGCAGGUGUGGAAUAUGAACAGUAGGUAAUGUCUACAUCAGGGGGACUAGAAAAGGUGUAAUGCUUCCCUUCAAAAACAGUUAGUCUAUUCAUUUAACCAGAGUUUGGAGGCCCGAUUGCCUCCUAAAUAAGUCCCCAUCUGUGGCUCAUACCACAGAAUUGUAGUCUGAUCUCAUCAAGUCCGCAAACUUAUAGGAGUGACACAACAUGCAAAGUUACUUGCUGCAAAAAGACAAGAAAACAGACAAGAAACGUUAAACCACUUUGACAUUUGUCACCACGUAUGACAUGAAUUUAUCCUGCUUUCAAAUUAAAAAAUCAAAUUGUUUUAAAAUGUGUGGUGGUCCACAAUGCAACGGGAGAUAGUUUUAAGGGUAUUCAAGCUAAUGCUAUUUUGUUAUGUGUGAGAAAGCAUUAAAUCGUAUCAGUUUUUACAGUUAUAUACUGUUACCUGAGUUACAUAAACGCCUUUGGAAGAGAAUUAACAAUUCAAUAGAUGGUGUGUACCUACAUUUGUUCAUCAUAAACCUUGUUCCCUGAAAUGUUGUUUAGAAAAUCGUAUCACCAUUGAAACCAUAGAAUAAGUUGAACUUCUUUACAGACAGAACUCGCACAAAGAGGCAUCCGGUGAUGUGAAGCUAAACAAAAGCUGUCGCACAAAUGUCCUCCACAGAAGUCACAUCCUUUUUACUCCAAGCAAUUCGAUUGGACAUGAAUACUUGCAGUCAAUGUUAAUACAAUAAAAACUAUGCAGAUUAAGUGAA